AUGACGGAGGAAUCGUCGUCAUUCUCCGAGGACACCAUGAUGAUAGAUGGUCUCAAAAUAGGUUAUUGCCGAUACGGUACUGGCCCAAAGGCAGUGCUGUGCAUUUGUGGAGCCGUUGGCAGUUACAAGAAAGACUGGCCUCUCUCAGUUUUGGAGCACUUUGACAGAUCGUUACUGACAAUUGUCUGUAUCGAUCCUCCCGGCUAUGGUGUCUCACGUCCUCCGGAUCGUGUUCAAGAAGUAAAUCGAUGUAUGAAAGAUGCUGCCUUCUGUUUGAAAUUGAUGGAGAAUCUUGAGCUCACGCCAUUCACAGUGAUCGGCUGGUCUGAAGGAGGACGGACAGCUGUGCACGUUGCUGGACAAGGAGGUCCGGGAAAGGUGAACAAAAUGGUUUUGCUCGCCUCCGCCUCUCGGGUCACAAAACUCGGAGCAGCAGCGUUCUUCGGUAUGCGGAAUACCGAUCACUGGAUGGCAUCCGCCAAGGCUCCAUAUCUCGCUCAUUACUCGGAGGACUACCUACGAAAGCAAUGGGCAUCAUUAUGUGACGUCGUUCAAGUGUAUGACUUUUGUGGAGGUCGUUUUCCAUGUGACUAUGUACUGCCGAAAAUAACCGUGCCAUCGUUGAUCAUGAAUGGUGGACAAGAUCGCUUCUGUGGCGAUCCGAAGACGUGUUUCCUCUCAGUUCUCAAAAAAGCAAGAUUGGAAGUGCAUGCUCAAGGUGGUCAUGACUUUUAUAUGAAAUACCCCAAAUGGUUCUCCGAGAAGAUCGUAACGUUUUUGAACGAAGGCUGA